GGUGCCGCGCAGGCGGCUGUAUGUUGGCCGCAAGGUGUGAAUGGGCAUCGAUACGCCGCGUCUCUGUCACACAGCAGUUUUCUCCCAUCCUCUGUUUAUCUUAAGUGCCAUGAAGACGAAUAAGCGCAGGUCCCCACCUGUGCAGAGGGAGUUUGGAGGGACUUUGGGUGCCACCUGUAUCCCCAUCUUCCUGCCGCUCAUCGUUCUUUACCUGCUGUGUGUCAGCCACACCCCGGGGGGCGCCCUGCUCCAGUGGCCUCCCCCACUGCCCCCCGCUGCCCUGCUCCGGGACCCUGCGGCCAUUGCUAUGGUGCUGGGAUGGAUGGCGCUCCAGAUCUUCCUCUACCUGCUCCCUGUAGGCAAGGUGACUGAAGGAAUGAUGCUGAGAGAUGGGUCCAGACUCAAGUACCCCAUCAAUGGUUUCCAUGCUCUGUGCAUCAGUGCCGUCCUGCUGGUGCUGUCCCUGUGCCUGGGGAUGCCUUUGGGCUAUCUGUUCGAGCUGCUUGUGCCCCUAGCAGUGUGUGCCAUUGCCCUAUCCUUCCUGCUCUCCAUAUACCUGUACCUGCGCUCCUUCUGGGCUCCCAGCCAUGCCCUUUCCCUGGGUGGCAAUACAGGAAACCCCAUCUACGACUUCUUCAUGGGUCGUGAACUGAACCCACGAAUCGGAAGCUUUGACCUCAAGUACUUCUGUGAGCUUCGGCCGGGUUUGAUUGGCUGGGUCGUGAUAAACCUGGCUAUGCUAAUGAAGGAGGUGGAGCUUCGAGGAUCUCCCUCCCUCUCCAUGUUAUUGGUCAAUGGCUUCCAGUUGCUUUAUGUGACAGAUGCCCUGUGGAAUGAGGAAGCAGUUCUGACCACAAUGGACAUUGUGCACGAUGGAUUCGGCUUUAUGCUGGCCUUCGGUGACCUGGCCUGGGUGCCCUUCACCUACAGCCUGCAGGCCAACUUCCUGGUGGUGCACCCGCAGCCACUGAGCACCAUUGGAGCAGCUGCCAUAAUCCUGCUGAACAGCCUGGGGUACUACAUCUUCCGUCAGUCCAACUCACAGAAGAACCAGUUCCGACGGGACCCCACCCAUUCCAGCGUGACAGCCUUGGAGACUAUCGCCACGGCCACUGGGAAGCGCCUCCUGGUGUCGGGCUGGUGGGGGUUUGUCCGUCACCCAAACUAUCUGGGAGACCUCAUUAUGGCCACAGCAUGGUCCCUCCCUUGCGGAUUUUCGCACAUCCUGCCGUAUUUCUACGUGCUGUACUUCACCGUGCUGCUGGUGCACCGAGAGGCCCGGGACGAGCAGCAGUGCAGGGCGAAGUACGGCCUGGCUUGGGACACGUACUGCCGCAGAGUGCCUUACCGAAUCAUCCCUUAUGUGUACUGAUCACACUUGGG